AUGCUGCUGAGCUCCCCUCCCACCGGCCGGCUGCUCCACACUCACCAGCCUUACAGUUACCUGCCGGAGGCAGUGAGGGAGUCCAGAUGCAGGAUCGUGUACCUGGCUCAGAAUCCGAAGGAAACGGUGGUGUCGAUGUGGCAUUUCUAUAACAAGCACUUCAAGAUCGGACCGGGCGAUGAGUCGUUUCCGUUGGAGGGAGCGGUGGAGAGCUUCUGCAGUGGGGUUCUGCCUUUUGGGCCCUUUUACGAGCAUGUGGUGGGAUACUGGGAGGAGAGCCAGAGGCGACCCGAGGAGUUGUUGUUCCUCGAGUACAAGGAUUUGUGGAGAGAGCUGAAGGAGCAAGUCUGGAAGUUGGCUUCGUUUCUAGGGAAGCCCUUUUCCCAGCUAGAUGGAGAUUGCGAGGUGGAGAAGGUGUUGUGGCUGAGCAUUUUGGAUAAGCUCAAGGAGCUGAAAGUUAACAAGAGUGGCAUCGGGGAGCUGAACCAUGUGCUCAAUUCCAUCUUCUUCAGAAGAGGAACCGUACGGGACUAG